GUACGACCGCCACCACGUAUCACAACCCGCCGCUGCCCGCAUCGACACGCGCACAAUGGUGGGCAUUGUGCUCCACGCGCUCGCCGCUCUUGGUAUCGUCGUACUCUUCUACGCCGUGUACACCGUGUGGGACUUUGUCUCUCUUCACUUCCUGCUCCCAGCGCGACCGCUCACCCGCUAUCGCCGCAGCGGCCCCGACCCGACCUACGCCCUCAUCACCGGCGCCAGCGCGGGCAUCGGCCUUGGCGUCGCCCAGGAGCUCGUCCGCAACGGCUUCGGCGUCAUCCUGCUCGGUCACUUGGCCGAUGAACUGGACGACGCGAGGGGCAUACUCGAGGAGGCGUCGCCCGGCGCGGCGGUGCGCACCGUGGUCAUGGACGCGAGGACGGCCACGCCUGCCGCCAUGGAGCAGCUGGUCCGCUCCUUGGACUCGGACUCUUUGCGCGUGUCCAUUCUCGUCAAUAACGUCGGUGGCAAUCCCGUUGCGCUGCCGCCGCUGCGCGACUUGUCGACGUAUUCCUGCGCCGACGUGGACAUUGUCAUGGCCCAGAACGCGCGCUUCAUGGCCCGCCUCACCGCCCUCAUGCUCCCCCUGCUGAGCCGCACGCCCUCGCGUCCUGGCCAACGGUCGCUGAUUCUCAACAUGAGCUCGGCCGGCCACGUCGGGACGCCUUAUCUCGCCAUGUAUGGUGCCACAAAGGGCUUUAACCUGUCCUUUAGCCGUGGCGUGGCCCGCGAGCUCAGCAUCAACCGCGCGACCCAGCACGUCAACUGCCUGGCCAUCAUCCCCGGCGACGUGUUCUCCCAGGGAAACUCGCGCGGCGUGACGCCCAAUGCGCCGCGAUGGGAUGCGUACGGGCGCUGCCUGGUGCGCACGGUGGACGGUGCCGUGCGCCGCAACAUGAGGGAUUUGAGCCCCUACUGGAAGCAUGACCUGGAGCAGCGCAUCAUGCCCUGGCUGGACGAGGGGACUCUGACGACGGAGGUGACCAAGGUGAUACGGCGGAAGAAGGACGCGUGGGAUGAGUUCUUCGACAAGACGCGUUAGUCUGGUGACGGAACCUCGUCAGACCUCGUUCUUGACGCUUCCUGUCGCCGUCAGCCCCCCCUCAUCUCAUGUUGUCGGCCUGUCUGUGCCAAAGUAUGUCAGCCAGUCCUCGAUGACCUGAGCCACGCCCUCUGCUACCAUGCUGUCUAUUACAUCCCGCUGCCAGCAAACAUCCAGCACCAGGUCUCCCCGCUCGACCGCAAUCACACAAAGCGAAAUCGCCGC